AUGUCAGAAGGUCGCUUUACAUUUGCUUUUUCAAUGGCGGAGGAAAGCCCAAAGGCAAUUUACAAGAAAAUGACAAAAGUAAACAUUUUUUGGGUGAAAUUCGCAGGAAAAUGGAGCGCAGUCCCAUAUUUUGAAGCGAUGGGAGGUGCCCUGGGAAUGGCAAACAGUGCCCUUAACAUCACUUGCUUGUGGACUGAGGUGGGUUCUUAG